AUGGCGACUGCGACAGAGAUUCAUCUAUCGUGCUCCACGGAUUCUGGCGUGUUCACGACCGGUACCACGGAGGAGGCAGCCCGUGUGGCCGGUGAGGUCUUGCAGGAGGAUAUGGAGAACCAUCAUGUUUUCUUCAACAAUCAGGGAUUCCACAUGCACCUGGUGCUUAGCAAUUUUGCCCUCGGCGCAUCCCCUGAGGAUAUCAGGGCUGCCUAUGAGAGAAACAAAUCCUACCAAAGACCCGCUUUCCCCGUGGACAAAGAUGUCGUCGCUAGUUUUCACAAUACAAGCAAGUUCCAGGAGGGCUUUUUCAAGGAGGAGAACUAUUCCAAUUAUUUGGCCUUUUUCCAGGAGGAAAUUGACCGGAAGACUGUGGCCGGCGCCCUGAAGGAAUACGUGUUUGCCGGCGACGAGCGAGCAGAGAGCAUGCUGUCAAGACUAUUUGGAGGCCUCAUCCACCCAUUUAUCCAAUUGGGGUUCGGACUCGAAUUCAAUCAGCCGGCCAUUGUGGCCCAGGCAUUGGCCCAGGCAGCCGUUCACGAUGACUGGAUGGGACCCGAAUACUUUUUGCCUGCCGAGAAGUUGGCCGGUGGCAUUGGAAAGCCUGGGCAGAAGACGAUGUUGGAGCUUCUGAAUGAGAUCCGCGCCGAUAAAAAGUUGGCGAAUAGCACAAAGUGGACAGAUGGGAACAAGAUUCGCGAGGGACCGCUGCAUCGGGCUAGAGACGAGAUACUGAAAUAUGCUUCCCAGUACAGGGUCUCUGAAGAUCAAAUUGAGGAGCGGAUGGCGGAUAUGAUCAAUACUAUCGUAUAUUACACCAGUGCCGCUCAGAGACCUGAGAAGGCAGUGAAGAUCGACUUCUUCUUUAUCCACUGCGUGAACUCAUCGAUCUUCUUCUCCAGGAUCAUCCAGCUUCCUUUCAUUGAUACGCAGACAAAGCUCCGUCUGCUUGAAUGGAAGGGCCGCAUGGAUUUAAUCAUGUACGUCUCGCGCAACUCGCCUGAGUUACGACUUAAUGAGGUAGCUCAGUAUCCCGCGGAGAGCGACUGGGCUACUGUGUUCUCUCGUUGUGUUAAACACCCGGGCGAUGAUGGACACUUGACCAAGUUUGCGCGAGCCAUCGCACAUGGAGAGAAGAUCUGCAAGGAAUUUGAUAAGGACUCGAAGAUGCCCAUUUCCGGAGAUAUGUGGUUGCGGAUUGGUAAUAUGGCUAUUGACUCCACUGCUGAAGGUCAGAAUGAUGGGGCGAUGUGGAUCCGAUCUGCAGGAUUUGAUGAGGCUUGGGAGAAUUUGUCUGGACGUGCCCGUCUGUGA